AUGGACGCGACACCGGUCUCAACGCCCGAGUCCUCGCACAUGCGACAGGCGGAAGAACAAAGAGCCUCGCCAGACCCCUUCGUCGUCACCCCUGCCCCGGGACAGCGUCUCGCGCGCCCCUUCGCCCCUCUCCUGGGACAUGAGAUGGAGGACGAUCAGACGCAGUCGAAGGCAAGCAUAGAAAAUGAGGACUGGCUCCAGGAGCUAACCUCUGAGAUGGGCACGCCACAGGAAACAACACCGACCGCGAGACACAGACCGAUGUCGGCUGCCCUAACCAAGAGUGCUCCUGCCAACUCCCUGGUGAACCUCGCGGCGACCAUGCAUGUCGAGAGACCGCUGAAACGGCUCAGAACGGCGAUAUCCCCGACGUCGCCCCCGCGCGAUGCGCGACAGGUGCAAACACAGCGAACGCACGCGCCCGCGGAUGGCACAACCGUCGCAGUACGCGCUGCCGCUGGAGACCCCCCUGUCCCCCGCGUCAGGAAGGAGCUGGCUGUCGAGCCACCGCCGCAGUACGCGCCCGCAGGCCAGUCAGGCGCGGUGAGCAAGAAGGACAUCUUCGGCUUCCUCGCGGACGCAGUCAACGUUUGGAUCACCGUCGACCCCCUCAAAAUGCGUAGCGCCCCUCCUGUUCCUGUUGACGGCGCCGACAUCAAACGACUCAUCGAGUCUGGUGCAUCAUCCCCAGGCGCGCCCGCGACAGAGAACACGUCGGAGCAGGCCCAGUACAUGCCCACCAUGACCACCCUGCCCAUCUCCAAUCCCACGGCUCCCGGAAUCUACCAGAGUAGCCAUGCGGUGCAGCCCAGCGCGUACAACCGAUGCUCGCUGCCGAGCGAGAACUCGCUGCCGGCGUAUCUCGAUCCGCGCGCGAACGACGCUAUGGAAAGCGAUGAGAUCUCGAGCAGGCACAGCGAGAUAGGAGACACCCGCGAACACAUGGACGUUGAUCCGCAGUCUUCCAUGACGAGCUAUCGAGGCCCGGCCGGGGCCGGAGCGGAUGCUGAGCCUUUCCAGGGGGCGACCGCGGAGGAAGUCUGGCCGCCGCUCGCGAACUGUCCCUCGAGCUUGAUCAGGAUCCGGUACCUAAACAAGAACGGGAUACUCCAGGUCCUUGAGCGUCCACGAAACGGCUACCCGGAGCGACACCGUCGAGGGCCGUACGACAUCUCGCAGCACCUGAGCGAAGUAACGAGACGGGCGUGGAACAACGAACGCCCGAAUCAACGGUGUAUAGUCAGCUUCUUCAAGGGGAAAGUCUACAUGACGGAGGACGACAUCGAGUUCUACCGUAGCAUCCUGCGCUCCGUGUUUACGGCAGUCACGGGAGAAUCCGCCUUCAAGAUCUUGUCCUCGAAGAUCACUAAGCGCGAAAGGAGCGACACGGCGCGGUACUUCCCGGUGCUAAACUUGUCCCCGCACGCUGUACGCAUACUCUUCGAGCAGUACGGCUGGUCGUCCCCCAUUGGCUCGCUGUUCAUCGAGAUCGAACUUGAGCACAUCCCCUUCUUCCUAUACACGCUCGACGGCUUCUACGGGGUCUUGGAGCACGAGAAAGAGCUCGCGGAGCAAGUCGAGAAGUACCUACAGGACGUCAAAGCACAGGAGGUCACAAGGGCGCUGGUCCUCCACGACGCCAACCCGCCGAGCGACGUCGAGGCGAGGGUUAAGGAGAUCCUAAGUCACAUCGUGGUGAGCAUCGUGGACUAUGGCGCGCGCGACCAAUCGCAAGGGAAACGGCCAAUCGUCGCGAACGUCCACUGCGCGUCGCCGACUGACGACGGGGUACUGUGGGAGGAAUGGCGCGACGCGAUGCAAGCACUAGGCGCGGCAACGACCUUCGGACACGGGAAGGUGCGAAAGCACAUGCGCUGCGACUCGUGCCACGCCGUCGACCACCCAACGCACAUCUGCCCGUACGACAGACUCGGCUGGUAUGACACCCCCACCCCGCCGCGCGCGAAGCGCAAUGCGACGCGCGCGACUCAGAACACGUCGCAGCAAGGCAACCGCCAGCAGCCGCCGCGCGGAGCUCCGUCGAGCGCCCCCGAGUACGUACAGCAGACGCAGCUGCCGCGCGGAGCUCAGUCGAGCGCGCCCGAGUACGUGCAGCAGAAGCAGCAGACGCAGCAGAUGCAGCAGACCAACGUCGUACCCUUCAGUGGGGCCCCGCUCUACGGAAGCCUCCCACCCCGCGGCGCGAUGCAGUCAGCGGGCAGCGCGCCGCCUCUGGCCAACGCACACGCCUACGGAAACGCACAAGUGUACCGCGGCCCGAACGCACCUGCUUAUAACGGCGUACCGAACUACAACAGCGCAGCGGGCUACAACAACACACUAGACUACCAAACCGCGUCGAACCACAGGGGUGCGCAAAUCUCUGAGGAUCUGCAAAGCCACGGACGUCCGCCCCCGCACGUAAGCGCACCACACAACGUCCCGUAUGCAUACGGAGGAAUCGCCGCUGGCCCGCCCUCUGCCCCACCGCCGUACGGGGGCGCAAGGCCUCAGGGGAGCGCGCUGCCCUUCCACGACCCGCAAGCGUACGGACGCGAGGAUGUCCCGCAGUACUUCGGCGGCGCGACGCAGUACAACCCGCCCCCGGCCCGUGUAAACGUUGACCGCGACCACGGCAGCCGCCCCGCGAUCGCACCGCGGCACGGGCAAGCAAGCCGCGCGCAGGACGCCAUGCGGCUGCUGCCCGUGGCCGGGGCGGCAACUGUGCCGCAACUGCACCCCGCGCCGCCCGCGACGAGCGUCGGGGAGCUUGCAGAAGUGCCCAUCCCCACCCAAAUACACUGGCUUACGCACAGGAAAGUGGGGAUGUCUCCUUGUUAA